AUGGAGAACAAAGUUCAAAACCCGGCGAUUAAAGCUUGUGCAAACCUUGUGUACCCGAUGGUAUGGUUCAUCCGAACAACAUUUGCAUAUAAAUUUAGAGACCAGAGCAAGUAUUAUUCAGUUCGACCAUCUUCACAUCAGAAAUCAUAAGAGUGGGCGAACAACAGGUGGAGUGGCAAAAAUUUGAGGAGGCCAAGGAGCCGGAAGCAUUGCCGAAAGGGUGGCACUGGAACACCGCUGACUAA